AUUACUUCAGAUGUUUACAGAAUGAGACCGCUGGAAUUCGACACUGCAAUAUCAGGAAACACAUUGAAAUUGCACAUUAUACAAAGAAGAUAAAGCAAAGGAUAAGUCAUACUGACUGCUUCUAAUGGAGUCUGCAAUGGGAUAUACAUAACUACUUCUGCACAAUGCAUUCCUGGAAGCUGUAGGAAGAAUCUUAUACUCUUAGUUGAGAUAUAAUAUUAAGCUUGGUUUUCUGUGCAGUGAUACAAAGAGGUUAUUUUUAUUUUCUCCUUGAUAAAAACGAAGACAACUUAAACAUUCAUGCACUGCUGUUCACCACCUGGUUGUGAACCUGUUUCUAGCUGUUUCUUUAACAAGAACAAACCCAAAAUGAUACCCUUGUUUCUAGUGACUCUUGUUCAUGGAAUCCACUUGCACACCCUGAAAGCGUGCCCACAUAGGUGUCGCUGUUAUGACUCCUCCCAUUUUGUUGAUUGCAAAGAUCUUAGUUUGAUGGAGAUUCCUAAGGCCAUUCCACAAGGAACGUGGAUGUUAGACUUGAAGCACAACAACCUCAGUGAAGUGGACAUGGAUUCAUUUGGUGAGUUAUGGUCCAUGAAAAUUCUCAUUAUAUCGCACAACCAAAUUAAUAAAAUAUGUUCAGAAGCAUUCACCUCUUUUGGCUUCCUUGAAAAGCUUGAUCUCAGCAACAACUGGCUUACUGAACUCCCACAAGACUUCUCUAACAGUUUAGUAUCAUUAAGAGAACUGAAACUUUCUAACAACAGACUACAGAUGGUAAAGUUUGGCAGCUUGCAGCACUUAGAGAAGCUGGAAAAGUUAGACAUGAGUGGAAACUGGGUGUAUUCACUUGAGAAAGGAACUUUUAGGGGUUUAUCAAAGCUUCGUUACUUGUAUCUUCAGCGAAAUAGGAUAACUGUGCUCCAUAAUGGUUUAUUUUUUAUGAUUCAGAAUGUUGAAGUUCUUCACUUGGGAGGGAACAACAUCUCCACCAUUGAAAUGGAAGCCUUCAACUCAUUACACCACAUUACUCUUUUGGGACUAAGGAACAACCAGCUUACUCAUUUAAAGUUUAAGACUUUUUCAAACAUUGUCACACUUGGGACACAUCUGCAGCUCUCAGGUAACCCAUGGAUGUGUGACUGUGACCUCCAACGAGUGUUUGGGAAGAUUCUGAGUGUCCGCUACCUGCAUGUGGAUGAUUAUGAUAAUAUCACCUGCGCGAGCCCAGCACAGCUGACUGGCUUUCCCUUAAAGUCUGUCGAUACCCAGCUUUGCAUAGCUGAGACAGCCACUGUUCUGGUCAUCACCAUAACUGUACUGGUGACUGUCGUUGCAGCCAUUGUAAUGGCAGAACGAAACAGGAAGAAGAGGCAGCAGAAAAACUGGAAUGAGCCUGAUACUGCUUUGGAAUCCCAUGAAAAAUAAAUCAAAACAUCGUGCUUAAUAUAAAUUCACACACUAUGCAAUUGACUGAGUUACUCACCUUCUUCAUGAGCAUACAAGGAACAAAGUGCAUAUGUUUUGUUUUAGUUGAAGUUCAGUUUCACACAUG